AUUUAUUAAAAUCUUUCGAUAGUAAAUACCUAGCUUCCCAGUUACUUUCUAUGUUCAAAAGCCUCAUCAUUUUUCUUUUUUAUUGUCAAAGCUGAAAUACAACAUAACAAACAUUUAAGAUGCCGAAUUUUAAUGGUGCCAUUAUUAUGCAUACAAUGGAGUUGCUUAACUCGCCGGCAACACUGCGAGAAAUAGUGAUGACUAUAGCUCAAAAUACGGAGCUUCCACCGGAAGACAUUAAAGUGCCAGUGAAGCAAACUCUUGAAAUGGGCCUGCGUUCGGGAUUUUUGCAAAAAGCUGAAGGUCGCUAUUAUUUGGAAUCCAUUACUUUUACACGCCUUAAAAAUGAUAUACGUUGCUUGAAGAUGCCAGAAAUGAAUGAGAAAACCCAGUCCACAAAAGGUGAAAAGUCUGUAAAGACAAGCUCUAAAACUGUGCUACAGAAAAACUCAAGUUCAGAAGCGUUUAAAAAUCCUAAACUUAUACCAAAAAAGCCAGUGAAUAACGGUACUCACAGAACUUCUAAUACCAAACCGAAAAGGUCAUUGAAUGAAGGUACUUUAAAAAAUCCUAAACCUAUAUCGAAAAAGCGCGAUGGUGUUUUCAAAAAUGUAAAUCCCUUACCCAAAAAGCUAUUGCAUGACAGUAGUUCCAUUACAUCAACCAACAAAUCUAUUUCUUAUAUAAAUAAGAAGUCAGCAACAUCCUUGGCCAUCCAGCCAGAAUCCGAACCCCGAGAUAUUUUUGACUGUGAUCCCACAAAAAAGUAUACAAAAUUAUCUGCUCUGUUCCAUCAAUACUCUGGGAACAUUAAAUGAAUUACUUUACUUCUUUACAUUUAAUAAAAUUGUAUUGUAUGUAUGUUCCCUACUA